GUUGGGUCAAAUUGUGGAUUCUAUAAAAGUUUUCGUGAUGGGAAAUAUUUCCAAGAAAACAUUUUUUUCUCUGCAGGUGUGUUCCGAAUUGCCUUAGGGCUAUAUAUUGAUGAUUUUGAGGUGUGUAACCCUUUAGGUACUUCAAAGAAAAAACAUAAGAUUUGUGCUGUUUACUGGGUUUUGGCAAACCUACCCCUUCUUUAUAGGUCAUCCUUAACAUCAAUCAAUCUUGCUCUGUUGUGUCAUACUUCUGAUGUGAAAACAUAUGGAUAUUCUGCUGUUCUAGAGCCACUUCUUAGAGACAUUGAGCAACUAGAAACCAAAGGUGUAUACAUAGAAAGAUUAGGGGGCUGUGUUCAGGGUACAGUUGCUUUUGUAUCAGCAGAUAACUUAGCAGCUCAUUCACUGGCUGGUUUCCAAGAAUGCUUCAUUGUUGAUAAAUGCUGUAGGUUUUGUUCAGGAAGCCGGAAGGAUUUUCAGACCAGUCAAGUGAAAGAUGGGUCAUUCACGCUUCGUACAAGAGCAUCAGUGGACGAAAAUGUUUUGGCUCUGAGUAGGGAUAAAAAGCUGAAGAGCGUUGUGGGUGUAAAGGCUAACUGUGUUUUAAACAAUUUAAAACACUUUCAUUCAGCAACAGGGUUCCCACCCGACGUUCUACAUGACCUUUUAGAGGGGGUGGUUCCUGUUGAGCUCAGUUUGUGUUUGUCUGAUUUAAUUGGCAGGGGCUGUUUUUCUCUUGAUGACCUUAAUUAUGCCAUCCAAAACUUUCCAUACAGGUUUAAAGACAAAACCAACCGUCCACAGAAAAUACAAGAAAGGUUUAAAACAACUGGCUCAAUUGGAGGUUUUCUUCUGGUUGAACCUGAAGAUUUGAACCACUACGAACCAUUAUAUUGCUACACCAUUCAAGGAAGACAGCUGGUCACAGCAAAAGCCUUUUUGCUUCAUUAAGAAUGUUGCUCAGAGUUGUUUUGGCACCAGAUGACAUCAGGAGGCUGUUGAUAGAAGAAAUCCCAGAGACUCUGGAGGGCUUCAAGUUGAUUCUGAGGACUAAGCUAAAUCUGGGUUAUGAGUUUGUAAUACAGUAUGAAGAUCCGGACUUCCAGAAUGAGUUGAUAAACCUCAACUGUCCCACAGAAUUGCCCAAGGAUAAAGCAACCCUCAAAAUAAUCCAGAAGAUGCCACCUGACCAACACUUGGUGACAGUUAGUGACAGCAGUACCCUUGACACUGCCAGCCUGUCAUCUGCUUCAUCAUCUACAGAAACCAGCCCACCUGAUAUGAUGAAGAACUGGUCUGAGCCCUUUAGCAUUCCAACUUUCUCUUAUGAUGUGGAACUGAAGCUGAAGAGAGGAAAUGAAGCAUAUGCCAAAGAUGGUUCCCGGAUAGAGGUCCUCAAGGGCCUCAAGAGUGAAAUCUUGGACAGACUUGUUGGAGAGAUGUUCAGAAUCGAUGCAUAUCCAUCACAGGUACAAAUUGAAGAAGUUGCCAAAGCAUUGGUAGAAAAGCAUCCCUGUUUAAGAGAGGUAGGGUCCACAGAUGGCUGGUACUGCUGGAAGUACAGUUUGAAUUUUAAAAUGGGCCAAUUAUCGUGUUGGUGA